AUGGUCAAUGAGAACACGAGGAUGUACAUUCCAGAGGAAAACCAUCAAGGUUCCAACUAUGGGAGCCCGCGCCCUGCUCAUGCCAACAUGAAUGCCAAUGCUGCUGCAGGGCUCGCCCCUGAGCACAUCCCUACACCGGGGGCGGCCUUGUCCUGGCAGGCGGCCAUCGACGCGGCCCGGCAGGCCAAGCUGAUGGGGAGCGCCGGCAACGCGACCAUCUCCACGGUCAGCUCCACACAGCGGAAGCGGCAGCAGUACGGGAAACCCAAGAAGCAGGGCAGCACGACGGCCACGCGCCCGCCCCGUGCCCUGCUCUGCCUGACUCUGAAGAACCCCAUCCGGAGGGCAUGCAUCAGCAUCGUCGAAUGGAAAUAUCCUUUACCAUUUGAAAUAAUUAUUUUACUGACUAUUUUUGCCAAUUGUGUGGCCUUAGCGAUCUAUAUUCCCUUUCCAGAAGAUGACUCCAACGCCACCAAUUCCAACCUGGAACGAGUGGAAUAUCUCUUUCUCAUAAUUUUUACUGUGGAAGCAUUUUUAAAAGUAAUAGCCUAUGGACUUCUCUUUCACCCCAACGCUUACCUCCGCAAUGGUUGGAAUUUACUAGAUUUUAUAAUUGUGGUUGUAGGGCUUUUUAGUGCAAUUUUAGAACAAGCAACCAAAGCCGACGGGGCAAAUGCUCUGGGAGGGAAAGGAGCUGGAUUUGACGUGAAGGCACUGAGGGCAUUCCGUGUGCUGCGUCCCUUGCGCCUGGUGUCUGGAGUCCCAAGUCUCCAGGUGGUUCUGAAUUCCAUUAUCAAGGCCAUGGUGCCCCUGCUGCAUAUUGCCCUGCUAGUGCUGUUUGUCAUCAUCAUCUAUGCUAUCAUCGGCCUGGAGCUCUUCAUGGGGAAGAUGCAUAAGACCUGCUACAACCAGGAGGGCAUAGCAGAUGUACCAGCAGAAGAUGAUCCUUCCCCUUGUGCUCUGGAGACAGGCCAUGGGCGGCAGUGUCAGAACGGCACUGUGUGCAAGCCCGGGUGGGACGGGCCCAAGCACGGCAUCACCAACUUCGACAAUUUUGCCUUCGCCAUGUUGACGGUGUUCCAGUGCAUCACCAUGGAGGGCUGGACAGACGUGCUGUACUGGGUCAAUGAUGCCGUAGGAAGGGACUGGCCCUGGAUCUAUUUUGUUACACUAAUCAUCAUAGGGUCAUUUUUUGUACUUAACUUGGUUCUCGGUGUUCUUAGCGGAGAGUUUUCCAAAGAAAGGGAGAAGGCCAAGGCUCGGGGAGAUUUCCAGAAGCUUCGAGAGAAGCAGCAGCUGGAAGAGGACCUGAAGGGCUACCUGGACUGGAUCACCCAGGCAGAGGACAUCGACCCCGAGAAUGAGGAUGAAGGCAUGGAUGAGGAGAAGCCCCGAAACAUGAGCAUGCCCACAAGCGAGACCGAGUCUGUCAACACCGAAAACGUGGCUGGAGGUGACAUCGAGGGAGAGAACUGCGGGGCCAGGCUGGCCCACCGGAUUUCCAAAUCAAAGUUCAGCCGCUACUGGCGCCGGUGGAACCGGUUCUGCAGAAGAAAGUGUCGUGCUGCAGUCAAGUCUAAUGUCUUCUACUGGCUUGUGAUCUUCCUGGUGUUCCUCAACACGCUCACCAUCGCCUCGGAACACUACAACCAGCCCCACUGGCUCACAGAGGUGCAAGACACGGCCAACAAGGCACUGCUGGCCCUUUUCACCGCAGAGAUGCUGCUGAAAAUGUACAGCCUAGGCCUGCAGGCCUACUUUGUGUCCCUCUUCAACCGCUUCGACUGCUUCAUCGUGUGCGGGGGCAUCCUGGAGACCAUCCUGGUGGAGACCAAGAUCAUGUCUCCCUUGGGCAUCUCUGUGCUGAGAUGUGUCCGGCUGCUGCGGAUAUUUAAAAUCACAAGGUACUGGAAUUCCUUAAGCAAUCUGGUGGCAUCCUUGCUGAAUUCUGUACGCUCCAUUGCCUCCCUGCUGCUGCUCCUCUUCCUCUUCAUCAUCAUCUUCUCCCUCCUGGGGAUGCAGCUCUUUGGGGGAAAGUUCAACUUUGAUGAAAUGCAGACCCGGAGAAGCACAUUUGAUAACUUUCCCCAGUCCCUCCUCACUGUGUUUCAGAUCCUGACCGGGGAGGACUGGAAUUCGGUGAUGUAUGAUGGGAUCAUGGCUUAUGGCGGCCCCUCUUUUCCAGGGAUGUUAGUCUGUAUUUACUUCAUCAUCCUCUUCAUCUGUGGAAACUAUAUCCUACUGAAUGUGUUCUUGGCCAUUGCUGUGGACAACCUGGCUGAUGCUGAGAGCCUCACAUCUGCCCAAAAGGAGGAGGAAGAAGAGAAGGAGAGAAAGAAGCUGGCCAGGACUGCCAGCCCAGAGAAGAAACAAGAGGUGGUGGAGAAGCCAGCAGUGGAGGAGACCAAGGAGGAGAAAAUUGAACUGAAAUCCAUUACAGCUGAUGGAGAGUCCCCACCCACCACCAAGAUCAACAUGGAUGACCUCCAGCCCAAUGAAAAUGAGGAUAAGAGUCCCUACCCAAACCCAGAAAAUACAGGAGAAGAGGAUGAGGAGGAGCCUGAGAUGCCUGUGGGCCCCCGCCCACGACCACUCUCUGAGCUGCACCUUAAGGAAAAGGCAGUGCCCAUGCCAGAAGCCAGUGCGUUUUUCAUCUUCAGCCCCAACAACAGAUUUCGCCUCCAGUGUCACCGCAUCGUCAAUGACACGAUCUUCACCAACCUGAUCCUCUUCUUCAUUCUGCUCAGCAGCAUUUCCCUGGCAGCUGAGGACCCCGUCCAGCACACCUCCUUCAGGAACCAUAUUCUGUUUUAUUUUGACAUUGUUUUCACUACCAUUUUCACCAUUGAAAUUGCUCUGAAGAUCCUAGGCAAUGCAGACUAUGUCUUCACUAGUAUCUUUACAUUAGAAAUUAUCCUUAAGAUGACUGCUUAUGGGGCUUUCCUACACAAGGGCUCUUUUUGCCGAAACUACUUCAACAUCUUGGACCUGCUGGUGGUCAGCGUGUCCCUCAUUUCCUUUGGCAUCCAGUCCAGCGCAAUCAACGUGGUGAAGAUCUUACGAGUCCUGCGUGUCCUCAGGCCCCUGAGAGCCAUCAACAGGGCCAAGGGGCUAAAGCACGUGGUUCAGUGCGUGUUUGUUGCCAUCCGGACCAUCGGGAACAUCGUGAUUGUCACCACGCUGCUUCAGUUCAUGUUCGCCUGCAUCGGGGUCCAGCUUUUCAAGGGAAAGCUCUACACCUGCUCAGAUAGUUCCAAACAGACUGAGGCGGAAUGCAAGGGUAACUACAUCACAUACAAGGACGGGGAGGUCGACCACCCCAUCAUCCAACCCCGCAGCUGGGAGAACAGCAAGUUUGACUUUGACAAUGUUCUGGCGGCCAUGAUGGCCCUCUUUACCGUCUCUACCUUUGAGGGGUGGCCGGAGCUGCUGUACCGCUCCAUCGACUCCCACACAGAAGACAAGGGCCCCAUCUACAACUACCGUGUGGAGAUCUCCAUCUUUUUCAUCAUCUACAUCAUCAUCAUUGCCUUCUUCAUGAUGAACAUCUUCGUGGGUUUCGUCAUCGUCACCUUCCAGGAGCAGGGGGAGCAGGAAUACAAGAACUGUGAGCUGGACAAGAACCAGCGACAGUGCGUGGAAUAUGCCCUCAAGGCCCGGCCCCUGCGCAGGUACAUUCCCAAGAACCAGCACCAGUACAAAGUGUGGUACGUGGUCAACUCCACCUACUUUGAAUACCUGAUGUUCGUCCUCAUCCUGCUCAACACCAUCUGCUUGGCCAUGCAGCACUACGGCCAGAGCUGCCUCUUCAAAAUUGCCAUGAACAUCCUCAACAUGCUCUUCACUGGCCUCUUCACCGUGGAGAUGAUUCUGAAGCUCAUUGCCUUCAAACCCAAGGGUUACUUUAGUGAUCCCUGGAAUGUUUUUGACUUCCUCAUCGUAAUUGGCAGCAUAAUUGACGUCAUUCUCAGUGAGACUAAUCACUAUUUCUGUGAUGCAUGGAAUACAUUUGACGCCUUGAUUGUUGUGGGUAGCAUUGUUGAUAUAGCAAUCACCGAGGUAAACCCAGCUGAACAUACCCAAUGCUCUCCCUUUAUGAACGCAGAGGAGAACUCCCGCAUCUCCAUCACCUUCUUCCGCCUCUUCCGGGUCAUGCGCCUGGUCAAGCUGCUGAGCCGCGGGGAGGGCAUUCGGACCCUGCUGUGGACCUUCAUCAAGUCCUUCCAGGCCCUGCCCUACGUGGCUCUUCUGAUAGUGAUGCUGUUCUUCAUCUACGCGGUGAUCGGGAUGCAGGUGUUUGGGAAAAUUGCCCUGAAUGACACCACAGAGAUCAACCGGAACAACAACUUCCAGACCUUCCCCCAAGCUGUGCUGCUUCUCUUCAGGUGUGCCACAGGGGAGGCAUGGCAGGAUAUCAUGCUGGCCUGCAUGCCAGGGAAGAAGUGUGCCCCCGAGUCGGAGCCCAGCAACAGCACAGAAGGCGAAACGCCCUGUGGUAGCAGCUUUGCGGUCUUCUACUUCAUCAGCUUCUACAUGCUCUGUGCCUUCCUGAUCAUCAACCUCUUUGUAGCCGUCAUCAUGGACAACUUUGACUACCUGACAAGGGAUUGGUCAAUCCUUGGUCCCCAUCAUCUGGAUGAAUUUAAAAGAAUCUGGGCAGAGUAUGAUCCUGAAGCCAAGGGUCGUAUCAAACACCUAGAUGUGGUGACCCUGCUCCGACGGAUUCAGCCCCCACUGGGUUUUGGGAAGUUGUGCCCUCACCGUGUGGCUUGCAAACGCCUGGUCUCCAUGAACAUGCCUCUGAACAGUGAUGGGACAGUCAUGUUCAAUGCCACCCUGUUUGCCCUGGUCCGGACAGCCCUGAGAAUUAAAACAGAAGGAAACCUAGAACAAGCCAAUGAGGAGCUGCGGGCCAUAAUCAAGAAGAUCUGGAAGCGGACCAGCAUGAAGCUGCUGGACCAAGUGGUGCCCCCAGCGGGUGAUGACGAGGUCACGGUUGGCAAGUUUUAUGCUACUUUCCUGAUCCAGGAAUACUUCCGGAAAUUCAAGAAGCGCAAAGAGCAGGGCCUGGUGGGCAAACCCUCCCAGAGGAACGCCCUAUCCCUGCAGGCUGGCUUGCGCACACUGCAUGACAUCGGGCCUGAGAUCCGACGGGCGAUCUCUGGAGAUCUGACGGCCGAGGAGGAGCUGGACAAGGCCAUGAAGGAGGCUGUGUCUGCUGCCUCCGAAGACGACAUCUUCAGGAGGGCCGGCGGCCUGUUCGGCAACCACGUUGGCUGCUACCAAAGCGACGGCCGGAGCGCCUUCCCCCAGACCUUCACCACCCAGCGCCCACUGCACAUCAACAAGGCGGCUAACAGCCAAGGCGACACCGGGUCGCCGUCCCACGAGAAACUGGUGGACUCCACUUUCACCCCCAGCAGCUACUCGUCCACUGGCUCCAACGCCAACAUCAACAAUGCCAACAACACUGCCCUGGGCCGCUUCCCCCGCCCCGCUGGCUACCCCAGCUCGGUCAGCACCGUGGAGGGCCGUGGGCCCCCCUUGUCUCCUGCCGUCCGGGUACAGGAGGCAGCCUGGAAGCUCAGCUCCAAGAGGUGCCACUCCCGGGAGAGCCAGAUAGCCAUGGUGUGUCAGGAGGUCUCUCAGGACGAGCCCUAUGACGUGCGGAUGAGCGAAGACACCGAGUACUGCAGCGAGCCCAGCCUGAUCUCCACAGAGAUGCUCUCCUAUCAGGACGAUGAAAAUCGGCAAUUAACACCACCUGAGGAGGACAAGAGAGGCAUCCAGCAAUCUCCAAAGAGGGGUUUCCUCCGCUCUGCCUCACUAGGUCGAAGGGCCUCCUUCCACCUGGAAUGUCUGAAGCGACAGAAGAAUCAAGGGGGAGACGUCUCUCAGAAGACAGUCCUGCCCUUGCAUCUGGUUCAUCAUCAGGCAUUGGCAGUGGCGGGCCUGAGCCCCCUCCUGCAGAGAAGCCAUUCCCCCAGCACGUUCCCCAGGCCGUGCGCCACCCCCCCAGCCACACCGGGCAGCCGAGGCUGGCCCCCACAGCCGAUCCCCACCCUGCGGCUGGAGAGGGCCGAGUCCAGCGAGAAACUCAACAGCAGCUUCCCAUCCAUCCACUGCAGCUCCUGGUCCGGGGAGCCCACGCCCUGCGCUGGGGGCAGCAGCGCCAUCCGGAGAGCCCGGCCGGUGUCCCUCACUGUGCCCAGCCAGGCUGGGGCCCGGGGCAGGCAGUUCCACGGCAGUGCCAGCAGCCUGGUGGAAGCGGUCUUGAUUUCAGAAGGACUGGGGCAGUUUGCUCAAGAUCCCAAGUUUAUCGAGGUCACAACCCAGGAGCUGGCUGAUGCCUGUGACAUGACCAUAGAGGAGAUGGAGAACGCCGCCGACAACAUCCUCAGUGGGGGCGCCCAGCAGAGCCCCAACGGCACCCUACUACCUUUUGUUAACUGCAGGGACCCGGGGCAGGACAGAGUGGGGGGCCAAGAGGGCGAGAGCUGCGCCGCGGCUCGGGCGUGUCGGAGGAGCGAGGAGGAGCACCAGGACAGCAGAGCCCACGCCGGCAGCCUGUAGGCGCUAGGGCUGGGGAGACGCUGGGUUUUUUAUUUGUUUCAAUGUUCCUAAUGGGUUCGUUUCAGAAGUGCCUCACUGUUCUCGUGACCUGGAGUUAACCGGAACAGCGUCUUCAUUCAUUUCGUUGGGACAAGACGCAGAGUUGGGUGGUGUGCAGAGUCCGUUUUCCGGGGGGAAGGAAGGCAGCAACCCCAGUUUGUGUUGUGUCCACAGAAGUAGAGUGGUGAGGAGGAGUGGAAGAAUCAGCGAGGGAGAGCAAGAGAAGAGACGCCUGCCCUCACCUCCGGGCAUGAAAGAGAACCUCAGCUUCCUGCGGUAGCCCUCACCAAAAGGACCCCAUGUCAAACGGGUGUCUUUCAACUUUGCUUGUAAAAAAAAAAAAAA